AAUCAGAUUGCCCGCAACCUACUGUACACCAGCUCUCUCUCGACUGUCAUCAAGCACGAUAGAGGAGUUCUGAGUUCCGACUGUUCUCUCGUUCUAAAAUUUUGCUGUUCAACAGUUGCGUAAUUUCGGCCGGCCAAACAGUUUGGUGCCUUCAGUUGCAGAAACUGAAAACCCCAAUAACGUGGCAGCACCAACAACAUCAUCUCCAUUGGAUCCGAUUUUUGGUUCCUCUCCCUCUGGCGUACGCGGGCAGAAACCCUAACAUGGAUUGUGAAGGGGAAGGUAUGGCCACAACUACUAAGAGUAUUGGAGAUGGUGGGGAGGACCGGGUUUUGGCUACUGCUCAGCAAAUCAUGAAGAGUCUCAACACGCCUAAGGAGGUCCGUGAGGAUAUGCUCUUGAUCUUCUCUAGUUUUGAUAAUCGCUUGUCGAACAUCACCGAUUUGAUCAAUAAGGCUGAAAAGGAGGACAAAUCGUCCUCCCAGUCCCGUUUCGAUGCUGCAGAGAAGGUCAUCUUCAGCUGGGAGGAGUCUUGCACGGAGUCUUCCCGUCACUUGGUUCCUUGCUGGGAAGAUUCGCCGGACGAGGCCGCUGAGUAUCUGACAGCUGUCGACGAUAUCCUCCAGCUUGUCGAAAAUUUGGCCAUCACUUCCGAUAACGACAUGAUGGACCGUGCUGAAUCCGCCAUCCAGGUGGCUAUGUCUCGAUUAGAGGAAGAAUUUCGUCAUAUCUUGAUUAGGAACACUGUUCCGCUUGAUUCUGAACGGCUAUACGGCUCAAUCAGGCGGGUUUCACUCUCUUUUGCUGCCAAUGAUGGGGACAUUGAUGAGGAUUUCGAGAGUUUCGAGGAGGUUGAUAGUGAGAGUGGGCGUUUUCAUGGGAGGGGAGCGAGUUUGGGCGAUGAUGUGUGCGUGGAUUUGAUACAAGCUGAUUCUGUCGUGGAGUUAAAGGAGAUUGCGGACAGGAUGAUUAGGUCUGGGUACGAAAAGGAGUUUGUUCAGGUUUAUAGUAACGUAAGACGUGAUGCUUUGGAUGAAUGUUUGGCGAUUCUUGGUGUUGAGAAGCUGAGCAUUGAGGAGGUGCAGAAGGUUGAGUGGAAGUCUUUAGAUGAGAAGAUGAAGAAAUGGAUACAGGCAAUCAAGAUAGUCAUCACGGUUUUGCUGACUGGUGAAAAAAGGCUUUGUGAGCAGAUUUCUAGCGGGUCGGAGUCUGCAAAAGAGGUUUGUUUUAAUGAGACCGCAAAAGGGUGUGUUAUGCAGUUACUGAAUUUUGCCGAGGCAGUAGCAAUUGGAAAAAGGUCCUCUGAGAAACUUUUCAGGAUUUUGGAUAUGUAUGAUGCAUUGGCAGAUGUGCUACCUGACUUGCAGGCAAUGGUUACCGAUGAGUUUCUGUCUAAUGAGGCUAAGGGAGUGCUAGCAGGUCUGGGGGAGGCAGCUAUAGGGACCUUCCUUGUGUUGGAGAAUGCUGUGAAGAAUGAAUCCUCGAGGAAGCCGAUGCUAGGGGGCGAGAUUCACCCGAUAACCCGUUACGUAAUGAAUUAUAUUAAGUUGCUUGUGGAUUAUAGUGAUACUUUGAAUUCACUUUUGGAGAUUGAUGAUGGUGAGCAGGAUUUAUAUAAAAAUGAUGAUGGGAAUAAAUUGCAGCAAGAGAGCAUGUCCCCCUUUGCUUGUAGGUUGUUAUCAUUGAUAUCAUUGUUGGAGUCCAAUCUCGAGGAGAAGUCGAGAUUGUAUGAGGAUGGGGCAAUGCAAUACAUUUUCUUGAUGAAUAACAUUCUUUAUGUGGUACAGAAAGUGAAGGACUCUGAGCUUGGAAAGCUUUUGGGAGAUCAUUGGGUUCGCAAGCGUCGUGGACAGAUACGACAAUAUGCGACAAGUUAUCUUAGAGCUUCUUGGAGCAAAGUGUUGUCUUGUUUGAAGGAUGAAGGUAUAGGUGGGAGCACUGGCAAUGCCUCCAAGGUGGCUUUAAAGGAAAGGUUUAAGAAUUUCAAUGCAAACUUUGAGGAAAUUUAUAGGAUUCAGACAGCUUGGAGGGUCCCCGAUCCUCAACUUCGGGAGGAGCUUCGAAUAUCUAUUUCAGAGAAUGUGAUCCCUGCCUACCGUUCGUUUAUGGGGAGGUUUGGAAGUCAGCUUGAGAGUGUAAGGCAUUCUGGGAAAUACAUUAAGUAUACACCUGAGGAUUUAGAGAGUUAUUUGCUGCACUUGUUUGAAGGAUCCCCUGGUGUUCUAAACCACUUGAGAAGAAAGAGUACAUAGGAAACAGAAAUCUUGUAACUGCUGCCGCUGAACAAAAUCCUUAGAAGCAGCUAUGGUUAUUAAGGGAAACUCUGCAUCUUGGCAUUGUGGUUGUUGCUGCAGAUUUCUUGGUGAGUAUGAUUUUCUGAAAAUAUAGUAAGGAGGAGUUUCUGAAAACUCUUUUUAACACUAUUUGAAUGAUAAUAGGCUAAUAGCUCAUUAGCUAUCUGUCUGGAGGCAAGAAUUUACCAUCGCAAGGCAUUCCACAUGAUACGAGAUUUGUUGGUUGCUUUUGCUCUAUUCACAGCACUAGGUCUCAGUUUCAUUUACUUGAGCCUCGUACUUUCUUUACUUGCAGCUGAACUUAAGAUUUCUUUGUCUAAUUUUAUGAUCUGUUUGAUGGUUCA